CUCCUUCCAGACUCCUUGAUCCUGCCAUCAUUCCUUCCUCGGACCUCUGGACAGACAUCCUACGGGACUCUACAGGACACCAUGGGACACGAGGACUCCCACAUCCUGGUGCAGGACACCUACAUAGCAUCCUUCCUGCCUGCCCUCAGCUCGUCUAUGAGCGGGCCUCAUGCUGGGUUCCACCAGGUGGCUCGGAUGAUGGACUCUCUCAUCCUCGACUCUUUCUCUCCCUUCACCUUCACCAAGAUAACCACUGCCCACCGUCCCCGGGGGUGUCGUCACUCUGCUGCCCCCGUAGCUGCCAACGCUGCCCCCAAGCCUCAAGCGCAACAACCACAAAGUAACCAGACCAAGACUGGUGGAGGUGGUGGAGGGGGUGAGGAGAGCCGCAAGCCUUGUACCACGUCUCCCGACGCUACCGCUGACCGCUGGGUAGCCUCGCUGCGACGACGUGACCCGGAGAUCCAACCCACACUACCCUCCAUCAAUCGCUCAAGCCGUAGCAACAGCAAAGACGGUAAUUCGAGGCGAUAUAGAAGCGAGAGUUCAAGGAGAGAGAGAAAAAUAAACCUUAGACCCAUGGUAAAGAAACUGCUGGCAGCGGCAGCUGAGGAUGAAGAAGAAAAGGCCGAAAAGGAAGACGACAGCGAGAAGGAUGAGAAGAUUUUCAAUCCCACUGGCUACGAGGCACAUCUCGUGGAGAUUCUGGAGAAGGACAUUCUACAGCGCAACCCAGACAUUCAAUGGGACAAAGUGGCUGGGCUGCAGGAGGCCAAGUCUGUUCUACAAGAGGCUAUGGUGUUGCCAAUGCUGAUGCCUGACUACUUCAAGGGUAUCAGGAGGCCAUGGAAGGGAGUGCUGAUGGUGGGUCCCCCGGGCACAGGCAAGACCAUGUUGGCCAAGGCUGUAGCUACAGAGUGUGGGACGACGUUCUUCAACGUCUCCUCAUCCACUCUCACCUCCAAGUACCGUGGCGAGUCUGAGAAACUGGUCCGUCUAUUGUUUGAAAUGGCAAGGUUCUUUGCUCCUAGCACCAUCUUCAUAGACGAAGUGGACUCACUGUGUUCGUUGCGAGGCUCAGACUCUGAGCAUGAAGCCUCUCGCAGGUUCAAAGCUGAGCUUCUCAUACAAAUGGAUGGCUUGAACAAUUCUACGGUUGAUGAUGAAAAGUCCAUCCUGGUGUUGGCAGCCACAAACCAUCCGUGGGACAUUGAUGAGGCCUUCCGGAGAAGAUUUGAAAAGAGAGUCUACAUUCCACUGCCAAAUAGUGAAACUCGUGCUGCCUUACUUCAGCUUUGCAUGGAAGGAAUAAAGAUUGACGCAAGCGUCAACAUCAAAGCAAUUGUGGAGAAACUGGAAGGAUACACUGGAUCAGAUAUAACCAAUGUUUGCCGAGAUGCAGCGAUGAUGUGUAUGAGAAGGAAAAUCAGUGGAAGAUCUCCAGCGGAAAUAAAAAAGAUGAAGAAAGCAGAUGUUGACUUGCCUGUAACUUCAAGAGACUUCACAGAGGCGAUAGACAAAUGCAAGAAGAGCGUGAGCGCAAACGAUGUCGUCCGUUAUCAGUCAUGGGUAGAAGAGUUUGGGUCUUGCUGAAACUGGUUUCUUCCAUAAAAUGGUUUUGGUAAAGGAGUUGAUUCCGAAAUAAUGAUGAAUGUAGGAGAACUUUAGUUUUCCAAAAUGCUUUAUAUAAACGUUUACCUGCGGUUACCCCAACUUCAAAGUGUCUUCAGAUAUCGGUAUUGUUUGUAAUGGUGGGAAAUUUUCAAUAUUAAAUAUAAAUUUAAUUAUUUGCA